UUUAUUUUCUUGAACGUGUUGUAUAUUUUACCAAUGUAGAAUUUUUUCGAAAUCCGAAAUUAAGACAAUUUGACAACAUGCCAUUAGGAAGAAGUAUUUGUUUUGGAUUUUUCAAUAAAAUGAGAAAACUAUUUAGAUAUUAUUCGACAAAAUCAAGGCGUUCCAAUAGCAGAAGGAUAAGAUUUACUUCAAGCACUAUAUGGCGCGAUAUAAUACGUAAAGGAAAAAUUGAUUUGAUUAGCAUUAAUCCAUUUGUGAAUUAUUUAAAUGAAUAUAAAAGAAUAUCACGAAAAUAUCUUAAAGGUGAGCUUAAAUUGACAGAUAAUCGUGUAAUAGCUUCACGUCUAUCUGAAAAACAAUCCAUCGUUUUGGCGAGUAAUUCUAAUCAUGAAUUCAUUUUGCGACAAUUCGCAGUGGAGAACUGGAAUUCGAUGUCAUAUCGAGAGCGAAAGCUUUUCAUUAAUUUGGCACAGCAGAAACAAAAUUGGUUGCAGUCUUUUGGUAAUACCAUUAGAGUGACAGCGAGUGCACCUAAUAUCAGUUUAAAAUCAUCUGAUGCCGGCAAUGAAACUUUUGGUAUAACGAAACUUAGUAUCCACUCCCACGGUAAUGAUAAAACAAAAUUACCACCUAGUCAAUUGAACUUACCUUUAAGUCGCUUAUCAGUGAUUAAUCCAAAAUUAACAAAUAAUGCGAAAAAUGGAUCUAUUCGAAAGAAGACAUCUAAGAAACUUUAUCGUUCCGUAUCUAGACCUAUUAAAACAAAACGUAAAAACAGUAAAAGACAAACUGAAGUAGGUGAACAGAACGAACCUAUCCCCGUCUGUAAUGUUGAUAUAAAGACUCUACUUAGUCAGUUGGAAUUAAUUUGUCUCUCCAAUAUCAACGAUAGUAGUUUAAACAACCAAUUAAAUUCUCUCCCUAGCCAAGUAACAAAUGAACACGCUGAAAAUAACAAUGAGUUAGCAGGCAAUUUAUAUGAGACAGCAAGUGUAUCUAAUAUCGCAUCAAAUUGUAUGAACUCACAGCAUAUAAAACCCAAUCGUAAGACACCACUGCGUAUAAACUCAAAUCAUAAGAAACCCAAGCUAAGAAACAAAUGGAAAUAUAAUUUAAAGCCGACUAGACAAUUUGCAGUUUCUACCCAAAACUUUGAGAAUGAUGAUUUCGAUAACGAUAUCUCACAUAACGAAUCUGAUACAUCAACUCUGGACUUUGGAAAAGAGAAUGAAGUGAAUUUUCCUUUGGAUAAUGAUUAUACAGAGGGUAUUAAUGAUCCUAAAAAACGUAAACGCAGAUCUGCAAAUAAUAAAUUUGGUAGCGGUACUUCACGAAGACAAUGCAACAUGUCUACUCAGAGCAGUGGUACAGAGAACAAAAAAACAUAUGUAUCAAAUAGUCAAUAUAGAAAACUUAUGAAAUAUUAUUCUUCUGCUGUCAUAAAAUCUAAAAAUAUUAGAAGAAUCAAAAACAGUGCUCAGAAAUAUCGGAAAAAUAAUUCCGAUAGCGAUACGUCAGCCAAUACGUCCAGUAUUAUUGCUAUGAAUAAUGGAGCAGAAAAUGAAAAUUUUAUAUCUAAUAGCCAAUAUGGGAUUAAUAGAAGUUCUAGCAUUGCUAACAAAUCAAGAGUUCACCAGAAUGCCAAGAAACGUACACAUAACGAAUGGAAUAACAAUAUUAAUAGUGAUACAACAGCUAAUCAAUCUAGCACGUCUUCUAAGACUGCUCUCACACUCCAGGGUCGCAGGAAUGCCAAAAAAUGUGCUGCUUGUUUAGAUGUUACCAAAUUCAAAACUUACAAGUAAAAGAAACAAAUUGAAAAUAUGCCUUUUAUGCGCAUUUAUAAUUAAGAUAUAUUUGGUGUAAUUGUUUUAAAUUACUAUAUUUACUCUACCAUGCGACGCAAAUUUCAACAUCCAAAGAAAUCAAUAAAUUUUGUAUAUAUAUUUAUUUGAUUAAUAUUUCUAUAAUUUCACGGUCUGUCGUUGAACCUGCAUUAGUCAUUCAAUUAUUGCAACGGAGAGUUCCGUUCAGUUAAGUCUUAUUCUCAGAACCGAAAACAAUAUUAGAGGACCAACGUCUGAAGAAUCGUUCGCUGCACUUAACAAGCUUUACAGCAGUAAACCAAUCGUUGAAAACUGUAUUACGGCGAAACGUUUGAAAUAAAGAAUACCAGACUUAAGAGCGUGUGGUUGACUAGGGUAUUAAACCUGUGUAUCCCUCGUGUCAAGUUUGUCGAAAAUUGUGAGAACAGCUUUAAUUUAAUAUUUACGCUGCUGAUUCUGUGUGUCUGCCUAAUUUCAUAACUGGGAACUUCGACUUUGUUUCACAUUUAAAAAAAAAAUUAUUGAAAUUAUUUUAAUAGAAAAGUAGGCGUGGAGCAACAAGUCUUCAUAUUUAUGCAAUUUGCAUGCUCUUUUACGUUUCCAUAAAAAUCUUCGUGGGUGGACAUACUUCUACUUCAUGUGCAAGUACUUGUCCAUAAAGAAUUUUAUUUAUUUUAUGUUAAGACACUUUAAAUUCUGCAAGUACACAUUUAGCCUUCACGUUCUGUAUCUUAUGUGAAAAUGACUGUGAAGCGCUAAACUGUGCAAUGAAUUCUUGAUUUCAAGUUAUUUUAUAGCAUCGUUUACUUGGCUCACGUACUUGAAAUGUUUAAUUUAUAAUGAUGUGAAUGAGCAGGAAAGUAUAUAUAUAAUUGAAUUCAAAGUCCAUUUGACGAUUGCUUUACGAAUGAACAUACUAACAGUUUUGCGUAUGUAUGUUAAUAAUAUUAUUAUGAAUUUAAGGGUAAAGAAAUAAAUCUAACGCAUAAAAAUUUCUUUAAUUGAACAAACUUCAUAAAUCGAAGACAGAGUUGCAUUUCAACAUUUAACCCUUUUAUCAGUCAUAUCAAUGAUUAUUGCCCAAACCUUCUCAAUACUUCUCUAACGUACAUUGUACUAUAAGGAUCGAAGUUAUUGGGAAAUGAGUGAAAUAUAAUAUUGUUGACUACUGACACAAUAAUUUUUUU